UACCCGCGCAUAGCUGCUGGGCGCUCCACAACCGCAACUCAAGUCCUGACCCGGGCUCGGCUCUGCGCACCAGCCGGUGGUGCCACCAGCCCUAGCAUGCGCCGGAAAACACCGGAAAUUUACUCUGUGGAGCUCGAUGGAACUAAAGAUCUCAAGCACACAGACCAGGGGGACAACAAGGAGAAGUACAAGGGCCAGAAGAACAAAGACUCAGAACCCAAGAGUCAUCAGAAAGAGGAGCUGAAGAAAGAACUUGACCUGGAUGACCACAGGCUCAGUAAUACAGAAUUGGAACAGAAAUACGGCACGAACAUCAGCAAGGGUCUUUCUAGUUCCAAAGCUGUGGAGCUCCUGGCUCGGGAUGGACCCAACACCCUCACUCCUCCUAAGCAAACUCCAGAAAUAAUCAAGUUCCUCAAGCAGAUGAUGGGGGGCUUCUCCAUCCUUCUAUGGAUAGGCGCCAUUCUGUGCUGGAUUGCAUAUGCAAUUCAACGUGUCAACAAGUCCGAAUCUCUAGACAGUGUUUACUUGGGCGCUAUACUUAUCCUCGUUGUUAUUUUGACGGGGAUUUUUGCUUAUUACCAGGAGGCCAAAAGCACCAACAUCAUGGCCAGUUUUAGUAAGAUGAUCCCCCAGCAAGCUCUUGUCAUUCGAGAUUCAGAAAAGAAGAUAAUCCCUGCAGAGCAACUGGUGGUGGGGGACAUUGUGGAGAUUAAGGGAGGAGAUCAGAUCCCUGCGGACAUCAGGCUGCUGUCUUCCCAGGGGUGCAAGGUAGAUAACUCCUCUCUCACUGGGGAAUCUGAGCCCCAGGCUCGUUCAACUGAGUUUACCCAUGAAAACCCCUUGGAAACAAAGAACAUAGGUUUCUAUUCCACGACCUGCCUGGAAGGCACGGCAACUGGCAUAGUCAUCAACACUGGUGACCGCACCAUCAUUGGUCGCAUAGCCUCCUUGGCUUCAGGAGUUGGAAGUGAGAAGACACCCAUCGCCAUUGAGAUUGAGCACUUUGUCCAUAUUGUGGCAGGAGUGGCUAUCUCCAUCGGCAUCAUUUUCUUCAUCAUUGCGGUGUGCAUGAAAUAUUACAUCCUGGAUGCCAUCAUCUUCCUCAUUAGCAUCAUCGUGGCCAAUGUGCCUGAAGGCCUCCUGGCCACUGUCACUGUGACCCUGUCGUUGACAGCAAAACGGAUGGCCAAGAAGAACUGCCUGGUGAAGAACCUGGAGGCAGUAGAGACUCUUGGCUCCACUUCCAUCAUCUGUUCAGACAAGACUGGGACCCUGACCCAGAACAGGAUGACCGUGGCACAUCUGUGGUUUGAUAAUCAGAUCUUUGUGGCCGACACAAGUGAAACCCAGACAAACCAAGCCUUUGACCAAAGUUCUGGAACCUGGGCCUCCUUGUCCAAGAUAAUAACAUUGUGUAACCGAGCUGAGUUCAGGCCAGGACAGGAGACUGUCCCCAUCAUGAAGAGAGUUGUGGUUGGAGAUGCCUCAGAAACUGCUCUUCUAAAAUUCUCAGAAGUUAUUUUGGGGGAUGUGAUGGAAAUUAGAAAAAGAAACCACAAAGUUGCUGAAAUUCCUUUUAACUCUACCAACAAAUUUCAGCUCUCUAUACAUGAAACAGAGGACCCAAAUGACAAACGCUUCCUCAUGGUGAUGAAGGGGGCCCCAGAGAGGAUCUUAGAGAAGUGCAGUACCAUCAUGAUCAAUGGCCAGGAGCAGCCACUGGACAAGACCUCUGCAGAUGCCUUCCACACUGCCUACAUGGAGCUGGGUGGUCUGGGAGAGCGUGUGUUGGGAUUCUGUCACCUCUACUUGCCAGCAGAUGAGUUUCCAGAAACCUAUUCAUUUGAUGUAGAUACCAUAAACUUUCCUACCUCCAACCUCUGUUUUGUGGGGCUCCUGUCAAUGAUUGAUCCACCUCGGUCUACCGUGCCAGAUGCAGUCACCAAAUGUCGGAGUGCAGGGAUCAAGGUUAUUAUGGUCACAGGUGAUCAUCCCAUCACAGCCAAAGCUAUUGCCAAGAGUGUAGGGAUCAUUUCAGCCAACAGUGAGACAGUGGAAGACAUUGCAAAACGCUGCCACAUUGCUGUGGAACAAGUCAACAAAGGGGAAGCUAAAGCUGCUGUGGUAACUGGCAUGGAGUUGAAGGACAUGACCCCAGAACAGCUAGAUGCACUCUUAACCAACUAUCAAGAAAUCGUAUUUGCUCGGACAUCGCCACAACAGAAGCUGAUCAUUGUGGAGGGCUGUCAGAGGCAGGAUGCAGUUGUUGCUGUGACAGGUGAUGGAGUGAAUGACUCUCCAGCUUUAAAGAAGGCAGACAUUGGGAUUGCCAUGGGGAUAGCAGGAUCUGAUGCAGCUAAAAAUGCAGCCGACAUGGUCUUGCUAGAUGACAACUUUGCAUCUAUAGUCACAGGAGUGGAGGAAGGUCGCCUGAUCUUUGACAACCUAAAGAAAACCAUUGCCUACACACUGACCAAGAACAUCGCUGAGCUCUGCCCCUUUUUGAUCUACAUCAUUGCCGGACUCCCCAUGCCCAUUGGCACCAUUACCAUCCUAUUCAUCGACUUGGGCACAGACAUUAUUCCCUCCAUUGCCUUGGCCUAUGAGAAAGCAGAGAGCGACAUUAUGAAUAGGAAACCUCGCCACAAGAAGAAGGACAGACUGGUGAACAAGCAGCUUGCCAUCUACUCUUACCUGCAUAUUGGUCUCAUGCAAGCCCUGGGAGGUUUUCUCGUGUAUUUCACUGUCUAUGCACAGCAGGGCUUUUGGCCUACCUCUCUCCUUAACCUGCGGGUAGCAUGGGAAACAAAUGAUAUCAAUGACUUAGAAGACAGCUAUGGACAGGAAUGGACAAGGUAUCAGAGAAAAUACCUAGAAUGGACAGGCUCUACAGCUUUCUUUGUUGCCAUCAUGGUCCAACAAAUUGCAGAUCUGAUCAUCAGGAAAACCCGGAGGAACUCCAUCUUCCAGCAGGGACUCUUCAGAAAUAAAGUCAUCUGGGUAGGGAUCAUCUCCCAGAUCAUUGUUGCACUGAUCCUUUCCUAUGGCCUUGGGAGUGUCACAGCCCUGAGUUUCACCAUGCUCAGGGCUCAAUAUUGGUUUGUGGCUGUACCACACGCCAUCUUGAUUUGGGUAUAUGAUGAGAUGCGAAAACUCUUCAUCAGGCUCUACCCUGGAAGCUGGUGGGAUAAGAACAUGUAUUAUUAAGACCAUGCCACUCACCAGGUCUCCCAGCAGCAUAUCAAAGAUGUUCUUCAUGUUCUGGUUACUCCCUGGGAGAUCUCUACAUAGUGUGAACAUCAUCAAACUCCAUAGAAGAGAGACUUUCAUGCAGAAAACUGUAUGAAGCAUACUUAUAUUUUGUACUUUAUAGAUGAGAUUUAACUGUUUAUAUAGAAUUUCAUCUCUGUGUCCACCUUAUUUUAAAUUAUGUGAAAUUCAGGUAAUGGCACAGGGAAGUAUAUGUUUAUAUGUAUAUAGAGCUCACUAUGUUAAAUAUCCCUGUAUGACCCAGGUGUCUGCUGGGGUCUGCCUUAGCUAAGACAGGAUUCCUCAGACCUCAUUUCCUUACCCCAUAGAGGUCCAGUGAGCCCCCUGAACCCACUGAAGGAACUUUUUUGUUUUCCAGAAUUCAACCUCAGCAGAGAGUACCUGUGGUUGAAAUAGUACUAUUUAUUUCUUAUAUAACAUUGCCAAGCACUCUCCAGCAAUAAUUUUAUGUCAGUCAUGUUUUAUGUUAUAACUAUUAAGUGUAUUCAUGUAUGUCAUAUAUAACAUUGUUGACAGGUCCACGGAGGCCUUGUUUUUAAGUAAAAGAUGUUUUAUAAAACCAA